UUGUGCCGGCUCGCAUUUGCGAAGUAACAGGCAAUAUGAACGCGUCGCACGCGCUUCGAUUUUCUUGCAUCUUAACGUUAUUUCUUCUAUCUUUGGCAUACUGUUCGGCUUCGGAACAUGAUAGUUCUCAAAAGGAUGAUAUCAACGUGAAAAGGGUUGAAGUGUACGAUGGUGUUUAUGUCUCAGUGCCCAAAGGGAACCACACGGAUAAACUGGUCUCAUUCGAAAUUAAAACACAAGAUGAUUCGGUGUUCGAAACAGGUCGUGGAAAGAAGAUUAAAUCGAAGAAACUAUUGGAAAGACUGUUGCCGAUGUUCAUCAUGCCGUUUUUAAUACAAUCGGCUAUUGUUCCGUUCUUUUUAAGUAUGCUUAAGUUUAUGUUGUUUAAGAGUCUUAUGGUUGGAAAGCUAGCCAUAGGUCUUAUAUUGUUAAACGCCUUUAAAAACAGCAAUUCGUUUAAAGGCAGGGAUGACGAAAUAGCGAAUGUGCAUUAUGGUUACCAUGGUAACGGUAUGCACGAGUAUGGAGCUUACAUUAAUUAAAAUUGUUAUUGUAAUAGAUAUAAAUAAUACAUC